UGAAAAAUAGAAAGAGAUCAAGCACAUCAAGAUCAUCCUGAAUAUUUUCAAAGCAUCCUUUCAUUUACGGCAGCAGCAUGGCGGAGGGAUCAGUAUCCGCAGCAGAAGUGGAAACCUCCUUCCAGAAGUUUGCAGUUCAUGGAGACACAAAAGCCAGAGGGAAGGAGAUGAACGGCAAGAACUUUGCUAAGAUCUGCAAGGACUGCGCCAUAAUAGACGGCAAGAACGUCACCACGACAGACGUGGACAUAGUUUUCAGCAAAGUCAAGGCGAAGUCCGCUCGUGUGAUCACGUUUGAGCAGUUCAACCAGGCCCUGACAGAGUUGGCUCCCAAACGUUUCAAAGGCAAAAGCAAAGAGGAGUCUCUCCAGCAGCUGUACGGCCUCAUCGUUGGUAAGGAGCCUGCCAACGUCGGCGUCACUAAAGUGGCAAAGGCAGCAGCAGUGGACAGACUGACUGACACCACCAAGUACACCGGAGCGCACAAGGAGCGGUUUGACGAGUCAGGCAAAGGAAAAGGAAAAGUGGGGCGGGAGGACGUCCCGGACGGCAGUGGCUACGUGGGCGCUUACAAGGGCAGCGGCACUUAUGAGGAAAAGGUCAAAGAGGCAUAAUUCUGCAAACUUUAUUCAACAGGUAGAAUUAGCACUGUUAAAUAUUCAAAGAAUCUGAAAUGAAUUUUUAAUACAAAACAAAUUAACUGUGGAUGUUUGUUGCCCUGGCAAUAUUAACUAAAUCUAUUUAAUAUGCAAUUAGAGGAAAGAAAACUACAAGUAAGUGAAGACCGGCUUGCAUAUUUUAAGGAAACUAUUUCUAAAAAUAAAAUCCAGAGAUGAUGGACAACCGAUGUCUAAUCUGUUGUACGGGAGCAUGAAAGAUGAUGCCGAAUAUUUUCAAUGAUUCUUCAAGGACCAAAAAAAUAAAAACUGUACUUACAGCCAAGCAUGCUUUAAAUAAGCUUUAAAUAACACUGUGCCUUAGUAUCGAUGUAGCCACUAGAGUGAAUGCUAUGAUAUACAGUAAUGUGUUGGUAAACUCACUUAUCUUGAUGCAAUGGACGACGGCAGGUUUCAGGAAAUGAAGCUGCGUCAGCAGUUAGUCUUUUACUCGCUCGGCUCAUCACUCAAAGCUCAAUGGCUUUUGCAACUUAAACCACUCAGUGGCCGGAAUACGUCUUGUUAUGGCAUGUGAAUCAAAUCAUGAAUGAAAAUGUAUAUUUACGAGCAGUGAAGAACAGAGAAUGAUCCCUUGUUGAUGAAGCAACGACACAAGGCAGCCUACAUCUGUAUUUCUCAUCCUUAAAAGACAAAAACAUUAUGCUGUAACUGUUAAGCUCAGAUAGUGUAAGCUGAUUCAUUUUUUUUUUCCAAGGUUAAAUCAAAUAAGAUUAUUGCUUUCUUCACCCUGAAUUUGAGGCUGGAAAAGAUAUUUUAAGAGAAGUGAAUGUAAUAGUGCAACAUCAUAUUGAUUAUAUAUAUAUACACGUGUCUUCUACCUGGACCCUCCUUGUAUUGUGAGACCUAUGGCAUUUAUGGAGGAUUAAUUACCAAUGGAUGUACUUAUAUUUAAAGGUUAGAUUACCUCAUCCAUGUCUCAUAUUAAAGGCCAAUACAGUGAAGCAACA